GAAGGGUGACUAUUGUGUAUGUACGUGGCAUAUUAUGUGUGAAGAUUAAACCGAAAGUACUUUACAUUGAUAAAGCGCUGUAAAUACGGGUUUAACUCUGUUUAAGAUCUCAGAUUAAUAAAUGGAUUGAUUUAAGAAGUAAAAAGGGUAAAAAUGAAGAGGAUACUACUUCAAGUGACUGUUUCCCUGCUAACAUGUUUCCUUGUUUGGAGUGAUGAAACAAAUGUGGGUCAGAACGAACCAUCUUCUUGCCGUUAUAGUUCCAGAUGUUAUAACCCUUUUUGGUGUGAGGCCGUACUAUCUGCACGGGAAUGCUCGAAUCGUUCUCGAUGUUGUGCUGACGUUUACAACAAAGUUGAAUGUUUAAAAGACUUUUUAGACAAUAGAACACAUACGUUGAAUAUGUCGUCGGAAUUAGUGGAUAGCUUGAUGAAGAACGCAAGUGUAUCUGAGUCUAAACUCGAUGAGCUAAGGAAAGAAACUGAUGCAUUGAAAAUACGCUGUAAUGAAAACGAAAAUGCAACAUCGUCACAAAUGAAAUCACUGAUCACCGAUAUAAGUUCAGCGAAUUCUAAACUUGAUUCUUUAGGUAAGAGUUCAUCAGAUGUUAUCAAUAAAACCAUAUUUGUAAACAAGGAAAUUGAGGCAUUAAAGGAACGCAAUAAUAAGACCGAUAAUGUUCUGAGCAAGUUAGUUAAUGAAAUAAAUUCUGUUCCAGACAAGUUAAAAUCAGUUGAAGCAACAAUUUCAAAACAAUUUGUCGAGACACAAACUCAAAUAUCUGAUAUUACUGGUAUGUUGGAUAGAAAUAUUUCAAGCCUCGAAAGUAAAUGGCGAGACCUAUUCACCAUUGAAACGGAGACUGUAAAUCAAACAUUCAGCUCAUUGAACCUUAAAUUGAAAGAUGCUCUGAACAAUUUAAAUACUUCAGUUGAAAUGUUGAAUACCACUAUAGAAAAUGUAAAAGCAAAAUCUAAGCAAGACUUGCAAGAAAAGUCAACAGAAAUACAAGAUAAUAUUAUGAGUGUUCAAAUAAAAUUAGACAAUUUAAAAACGAGUUUUGAAAUAUACAAAAGCGCAACUGAAGAUGAUAUAAAAAACAAAGCAGAUGAUGUAUAUGACAGAUUACUUGAAAAAAUAACGAAGGAGUCAAGUGAACUAAAUAGCAGAUUAAAGGAGCUAAAAAACAGAAUGGAUCGAGAAACUUCAGGUAUAAGUGAUAAAAUAACACAAUUAACGAGCAGUCUGACAAAGUCCAAAGAGGACUUCGAGCAUAAAAUUAAAAAAGAUACUGAAACACUGCGUUCUGAAAUAAAUCUAAUAACUGAAAACUUAGACAAGCAACUGAAAGAACUGUCAGCAAACACGAAGAAAGAUAUUGAGGACAAAAAUAAAGAAAUACUACAGAUUGGAAUAAAUAUCGAAGAAUACAAAAGUGAAAACGCUCUGAACUUACAAGAGGUAAAGAAAAGUUUGACAGAUUUAAUACAUGAAAAGGUAUCAGAAGUUCAAACGAAAACCGACCAAUCGAUUGAGAAGGUGCAUAAGGAUAUUGACGAGCUUAGGGAAGAAAUAGGAAAGCGUAUAAAAGUUGAAGUGGCCAAACUAUUGCAACAAACAAUUGCAGUUAAUCAAACACUUAAUGAACAGAAGGAAAAGGUUGACAUAAUAUUACCAAACACAUUUAAUAAAGAAAUGUUCAUCAUAGCCUUUUUAGUACUUGUGGUACUGCUGGCCAUCAAUUAUGGUAUUGUAUAUGUACUAGUGAAACGCACAUCUCCCUCUCAGCCGGUAGUUAGAAGGGAAACGACAAACAACGUCCAUUCCGUAUCAAGUUUUGGUGAAGAGCCCCACUCGCCCGUUGAGGUAUAUAACAGACUAACAUUUGCAAAAUCACUUCCAAACGAGUUGUCCUUCCCUCUGAAAGAUUCUAUUGGGGUGAUCAGCUUUUAUGAAGACUCCCAGAAACAUCACAAGCGUCUUAUGAAAAGCGUAGAAGAGCGUCUUCCUGAACGUCUGCUUCAUGACGUCAAAGUUGAAUACCACGUGGUCCGACGUCACGAAAAUAUUCCGGGAAUACCGCAUUCGAAACUGUGUAUCAUGUUUGUCGAAUUUUCCGAAAGGCAUGUGAUAAUAGAGGAACCAGGUAUAGGCCUAGGUGAUCUAAAGCGGAGAACUGCAGAUUUCAUAAGUAAAAUGGGAGCCUGCCUGGUGAUUGUGUAUGUAAAGGACCCUGGAUCAAGACACCUGAAAGGUUCGGAACUAUUCAACAGCGCGAUUCACUGCGCAAAAUCACAACCUGAACUGGUAGCUCUAAGCGAACUUGAACGCUUCUUGAGUAUAUAUGACAAAUUCAACAGCAACCAAGCUGAUCGCCUUGUUGAUAUAAUAACGGCAAACUUAGGUCAUACCGGAAGCGGAAAUAGACCUAAUCUCAGACUUAACUUACAGAGGUAAAAUUAAUGGGAUUAAACUUUGUUAUUAUAUAAUAGCAGAAAGACAAAACGUUUUAAAGGCAAAAGUGUAGUACAUGUAUAUUGACAGGGGGAGGAUGUAUGGUGGUAUGCUGUAAGGAUUAAGUGAGUGAAAUAUCGCGCUGUAACAAAAAGAUGACCGAAAGUACAUGUCUUUGGGGAAUUUUUGACCGGUAAGUGGGGUUUUGCUUUACAUUUCAUAAAGUAACUAUUAUAAUUUAAAACAAAGACCAGUCUCACUAAUCAGAUACACACAUGAUCGCUGUGUAGAUAAUGGGUAUUUCUCGUAAGAUCUUAUUAUCAUCUGUCUCUAAAAAGUACAACUGUUGUUAAUAAAAAGGAUUGGCGUAUACUUAAGAAAUAAUUUAUAGCAAAAGAGUGCUUUAUCACUAUUUAUGCACAAUGGGCGGUUAUACGUCGGGCGUAAUAAUUGCACGAGGGCGCAGCCCGAGUGAAAUUAUUUGUACGACGUAUAACCGCCCGAGUGUAUAAAUAGCGUUAUAACACUCCUUUGCUAUAAAUUAUUUCGAUUCUAAUAUGUCCUUAAUCUAAAACAGUAGAUAAAAAAUAAAAGCGCUCUUUCUUGGUCGCAACAACAACUUUGACGUCACCGCACGUUAACGUGACGUCAUUCUAGCGUAAGAGUGUUUUAACAGAGACAAACAUAUUAGAAUAUUAGUUAAUCAAAACAGAAUGGAAAAUGAUGUGAUCAUCAUUGGAAAUGGCAGGAAUGCCCAAUAACCUAACCGUCUCGGCAAAUAUAUGUUUACAGUUGUUUACAGUCAAACUAAAAUGUGCUUAAUGUGUUUCACUCCACCGAAAAAGGGCUUGCAGUAAAAGAAAAUGGCCACAAUUUGCAGGCAGUUAAAGUAGAGCCAUCAGGUUUGGUAAACUGGCAUAUCUACAUGAAAGAGCUUUUAUAGCAUACAGAGAAGUGUUAUAUUUACAGGGGACAGGGGCAAAACUAUAUAAAAUUCAAGACAAUUAUUUGUAAACAUUGCAUCAGAGCCAAAACUUUUUCGUAAACAUUUUUUUUGUCUUUACAGUUUUUCAACUGUAAAUGCAAUGUUGCUAAAGAAUAGACUUUACACCACGGCACUGGCACAUUUAUUUUGUGAAAUGUAAAGCAAAUCCCAAUCAGCGGUCUAAAUUCCUUUCGCACAUGUUCUUUCGGUUUAAAAUUCUGCUAUUUUUCUUACAGUGAGAUAUUUUGCUUACUUAAGCCUCACAGCAUACCACCAUACGUCCAACCCCCUGAUUAAAAUUCUGCCAUAGUAAUUCUCCAAACAGUCAUGCUUUCCUCAUGUUAAAAUGUAAAUGCUUUUUUGCAGGACAAUUUAGGAUUGACAGGUUAAAAAAAGCAAUUUCUUACCAGAGGUAUUUUAUAUAGAAUUUAUAUAAAAUAGACUCUAUUUUGACAGGCGUCACUGCUCAUAGUCAGGAUUUUCAUGCUUUUUCAGUGACAAUUUAAGGUUAAAAGGUAUGACUGUAGCAGGUCUUUAAGGACUUUAAAUUUUAAAUAACAAUAAAGGAUAAAGAAUUAGCAUCAGGGGUAUAUUUAGUUUGAUUUUGACGUUGGAGCGUUAAGUUUAUAACUACUACUCGUCUGCUGAUUAAGGAAAUCGGCAUGAUUUGCUUUGCCUUAUUUAGGUACGAACCACUAUCGUACUGAAUCACAUACGUAAAAAACGUAUUAAAAGUAAAACAUUAAAUAACAAUUUACGGUGCCUUCAAAGGUAAUUUUAUAAGAGAAAUAACCUUACUCGUUGUGAAAACUGUGACAAUGGUAAUAGACCAUACUUUUAAGUUGUUAUAUGAAAAAUUUCGUUCGAAAUCAGUUUAUAUUUCCAGCCUCUCAAAUGAUGAUUUUGUUGUUAUGAUCAACGAAUUAGAGAAUGCACAUUGAAUUGAUGUAUGUACCAUUUAAAUGUUGUAGAAAAAAGAAUAAUUCUUUUGUAAUAUAUGUAUAUAUAUUUGUCAUGAAACUUCAAGUGUGCGAAGUUAAUAUAGCUGCAUUUCGGAUAAUCAUUGUUCGCUUACAUACUCUACGAAUCAAAAUGUUAAGCCCCAUGAUCAUUAAAUAUACACGUCAUACAUUAAACGGGAUACCACAACUUUUCAGAACCGGUACUAACAUUGUACAGGUUGUAUAUCAAAAGUUUAAUAUCAUUUAAAUAUGUGUCAAAACUUAGGCUCUUUUUUAUUUAUUAUAACCGAUUCAUUUUUCUUAUUUCGGUUCCGUUCUCAUACAUAUUUGUCAUAGCCUUUUUACUAAACAGUAUUAUUAGUUAGCUUGAUGUGAAUGUAAAAUUAUUUUCACAUACUAGUAAGUUCGUAUGAUGUUUUCAUAAUGUCUUCGUAGAUAUUUCUCGUAGUUUUUGGUACGUUAUAUAAUUACACACAAAUGUUUAAAUCAUUCACUUUAUGCUUACUGUUUGUAUUAACUUGUUGGCAGGAAUACUUGAAGUAAAGGUUGGCAGUCAUUAAGUUUUAUACUGUAAGCUGGUAUCUCAGUAACCACUUGAAAACUUCACAUAUUUAUUCACUUUGAUGAUCUGUGAUGUAAUGCACAUGUUCAAUAACUCUCUUAUGUUUUUGACCUUUUUUCUAUUUAGUAAAUUUUUGUUAAGUUUUUGUAUGUUAGCUGGUAUCUCAACGACCAUUUUUGAUUGUUAUUAUUUAACAUGCAAUGUAUAGUUCCAAUAACUGUUUUGCAUUUUCAAAUCGUUUUGCUCUUUUUUGACAUAGCAAUUUGGGGUUAAAUUAUUGUAUGUAAACUGGUAUUUAAAUAUGGAUUGAAACGGAUAAGAAAAGUUUUGGUGUACUCUGAGGGGAAAGUUGUAUGGUUUAAAAUUGUUGUCCCUAUUUGUACCAUGUCUUUGUUUUAAUAAUUUUAACUUCUUUUUUUCCAUUAACCUAAUUUAUUUGACACCACUCUUAUCAAUUUAAAAGAACUUGACAAUUGGCACAAUGAUAAGUUACAAUGAGAGGAAGUAUUCAAAGGUUCUUUCACUGGUUGUAGAUUCAGAUGGGAAUAUCCGGCUCAAAGGUAACCGAGGCUUUGCGUAAACAGUAACCCGAGAGCCAGAUACUCUCAUCUGCAGCUUUCUUGCGGCCAUAUUUAACAAGUAAUAGUAUGCCUUUCUUAUAGCACUUUCUUCUUACAGCAGCGUAUUAACAAACAGGAAGUACGUUAUGGCGUUACAGAGACAAAGCAACUAUUUAUCAUCUGCAGAGGAAUGUUAUGGUUUUUCUUUUUGGAAAAAAAUAACGUUUUUAUAAUAUAUAUAUAUAUAUAUCCGGUUUUACGUAAAUAAAUGUUAAUUUCUGCACAUAACUACAUAGAUGUAGUUCGUUAUACGCCAUUUACGACACGAGAGUCAUCUUACACCCCGGGAGUAUGAGAUAGAGCACCGGUUAAAACACCGGAAAUCCAAGUCCGGUAUGCAAGAAUAAUAUUUUUAGGACCACAACCUUAUAACAAUUUUAUAAUAAUCUCCGAAACAUUUAAAUAUAUUAAGCUAUUUGUAUAUGUUUGGUUAGUUAUUGUAAACAUCUGAAAUUAUAACUUCAUAUAAUUAUAUAAAUGUUGUUUUUGUAUGUAUAUAUUUUGUAUAUUCUUGUAAAAUUGUAAUGAAUCUGCUCAUUGUUCUUCUAUAUUAUACAUUUUGUAGAUAUGUUCUGCGCUCUCUCGAGGAGAAACUGAAAGUUUCUAUCUAUGCCGUAUCUUUAUGGUAACAAUUACAAGGAUUAGAUAUAAAAUUGUUAAAUAUUUAGUCGAGCGCGCUGUCUAAUGCACAACUUUUGUUAACAUAUUAAGACAAUAACGUUUAAUUUUUAAAUUCUCUGAAGGAAGUUCAAUGGAAUUUGAUUAAAUGGUAACUGGCAAUGAGAGUGGAUAUGUACAGCAGACGAAUUAUAUGUCUGUCUCGAAUCAUUUAAGAAUAAUGUCCCUUGUUUUGCUAAGUUUUAACUUUUUGAAUAAAGCAUUAACUUUGACUCAACAGAAUGAUAUUUGAUAUUUAUAGGUUAUUAGAUUUGUAUCGAGAAAUAUGCAUAAGUUCUGCAGCGAAAAUAUUGCGCGACUUCAGGAGCGCAAUAUUAUUCCGCGAAAGUUCGAGUGCAUAUUUCUCUAUGCAAAUCUAAUAAUCUUUUUGUUAUGUAGGCAUCUACACUUAAAAUUAAACUUAAGAUAUGAAAAAUAUUGACGUUUCGUGUUCCAUUGAAACUUAAAACUUGGUGUAGUUAAGAAAUAAUAAGUUCCCAAGUGUGGUUUAUCGUAGAAUAACCCGUGUUUUGAGUUCUUAUGCGUAAAAAUAUAUCACGAAGGUCGAGAUAUAUUGUUUCGCAUAAGAACGAAAAAGUCGGGUUAUUCUACGAUAAAUCACACUUGGGAACUUAUUAUUUCGAUUCUAGGACGGAUUACACCAAACAGGAAGUGACUACUCAGUGUUACAUGUGAAGUAGUCCAAAAUGUAGUUCCAUGCUAUGGAUGGAAUCUGGUAUAAUGAGUGACAUGAAGAGGUGACAGUUAAAUUUUUGGCUUCUGUUUAUUGCUUAUAGUAUUGAGAAUAGAUCUAGACCAUUUUCAUUGUAAAUUUCUUGGAAUAAGUUUUAUUCUUUGCGAAAAAUGUCUACCUACGCGUAACUGCUAAACGACUGUUUUCUUGGGGGCAUUUUUAGAGGGUGAUGUUUCUCAGAACAGAUUAUUUUUCUUAUAUUCUACAUAACAUGUCAAUAUUUUUCUAUUUUUAAUAAGAAGACAUGUUAUACUAAAUGAUCAUAUAUGGUUUUCAUAUCAUUGAAAUGCUCUAAAGUGCUGAAAAUGAGGUCUGAAUGUUGUGUUAUUAAUAUGAAAUAAAUAAGGAAUUGAAUUGGUAGAAUGUAACCUUCUAACACGACAUACUAGUAUCAACAGUGUUAGAAAAACAAUGGUAACUACCUUUUACGACCGUGCUACGCACCUGGAUCGGAUGACGUCAUUGCACGCGAGUGGUUUAUUUAAAAAAUGAUUUAUAGCAAAAGAGUGCUUUAACACUAUUUAUGCACGAUGGGUGGUUAUACGUCGGGCGUAAUAAUUUCACGAGGGCGCAGCCCGAGUAAAAUUAUUUAAACGACGUAUCACCACCCGAGUGUAUAAAUAGUGUUAAAACACGCUUGUGCUAUAAGUUAUUUCGAUUCUAAUAUGCCCUUAAUCUAAAACAGAAGAUAAAAUAUAGAAGCGCUCUUUCUUGGUCGCAACAAAAACUUUGACGUCACCUCACGUUAAUAUGACGUCAUUCUAGCGUAAGAGUGUUUUAACAGAGGCAAGCAUAUUAGAAUGCAGAAUAACCUGAGAUAGAUUUUGCUCUACAUGUAUGUAGGUUAUUCGCUGGUCGUGUUAGAAUUAUAUUUUCCAGACAGGGAAAGUGUAGAGUAAACCAACCUGUACUCUAGCUUGAAAGAUGUUUUAGUUAUUUGCCCUUUUUAAUCACAGUUUUCAUGGGCGUAGGAGUGAGUUUAACUUUGUGGGGUAAAUCUUUUCGACCGGCCUGUGGGGUGGGGGAGGGGGAGGGGGCGGCAAGGUAUCCCCGGUGCAUUAUUCAUGACAAAGCCUCAACGCCUUGUACAGGAGCCAAAUGGGCCAUAGGCCCCCUCAAGCCUCUAUGUUUUAGCAAUCAUUGAGUUAUUCUGACGAUACACAUACGACUAGGCACUGAACUGUCUUAAUCAUUCAUAUUAUCUAUUGUUCUAAUUAAGUGUGCCAUUUUUUUACAUUCUUCUGUUGAAGCCCUGGACAUACAAUCAAUUAGCACUGCAUUUGUCUAAUUGUGAUAUAAAGUUCUGGAAAUAUCAUUUCCCUUGAAUGGACAAUGAAAAACAAAAAAAAUACAUGACGUUUACAUGCGUAAACAGGCUUAAUAGUUAGGCAUACAUAGAUUUUGCAGACGCUCAAAUCGAAACUAUAGUGAUUGCGCUCAAUGAUAUAUUAUUUUUAUAAAAUGUAAUCAAACCUUGGCGUGGCGCGUACAGAUUUCAACAUUCACACUACGGAAAGAGACAAGUCAGAAUACAAGGGAAGGCAAAAUGCAAGCAAAACUAUAGUUUGCGCCCCACCCCCCACUCUCCUAGCUUUGGGGGUGUGGUCCCCGCUGCCCCCCCCCCCCCCCCCCCAGCUCCUACGCCUAUGGUUUUAACAAUUUAGACGAUAAUUUUAAAUCCUGAAAGGAAUUUGAGUGUUUAUUUGUAUAAUGAUGGGUCGUGAUGAGAGGGUGUGUGUUGUAAAGUAACUUUAUCUUGAAUAUUGUAAAAUUAUCUUCGUUUAUAUGUUAAAUUGUCUUAUAUUUUCACAUUUUUAAGACAGUAUUAAUGGGUGUAAGGAAAGACCCUCCCGAUCGGAAAAGUAAAUCCGCAUAGCAAAAACCUAGAAAGUGACACAUGUAAAGUUUUUCAGUCAUAUUACAUGCUGAUAUGUUGUCUUCAUGCUACUACAGAAAUUUGUUGUUUUUUUUUUCAGAUUUUCCUAUUGGAGAAAGUAAUAUUUAUUCUCUAUACUAAGUUCAGAAAUUUUCAGCUUUAUAGAAUAAACAUGUAUAUCUUCGUUAAUUGAUCCCAACACCAACAUUUUAUGUUCAACCUUGUAUUAUUAUUUGUACAAUGCAACUUCAACUACUUUUAUGUAAAACGAAACAAAUAAGUUCUAAAGAUAUAGCAACAUAUGUGGGCUUUUAAAGCUACAAGUUGCCUACCCCUAUACAAUUUUGUGAAAAUUUUCAUUUCCCCUAAAAAUAUUUGAAAAAGGGUUAUUUUGCACCUAAUGUCAUACAUUUAUAUUAAUUCAUCAAUCACACGAUCAAAGGUAGUUAUUCAGUAAAUAUUACGGGCUUUUCUUACUGUCUUUUGCUUCUCAGUGAAAAAAUGUCUGCUUAACCGGAAUGAAAUUUCUUUACACCCUUCAUUUUACGCCACUAUAGGGACUGUAUAUUAGCAUUUCUUUAAGGCAAAGUCAUUUCAAUUAAGCGUUGGGGAUAUGAGUCACCUUAAAUGAUAGUCAGUGAUACUGAUUGUUUGAAAAAUUGAAGUUGUGUUUAUGCCUAUCAAGGUUAAGAUCUGUAUUGAAAGAAUUUGACACAACGAUUCUGAUCAGUUAAUGUGUUUAUUAUAUUACUGACAACUGUAGAAGACGAUUCUACAUACUGACGUUUCUUACACACAAAUAGAGUGCCUUCAUGAAUAAAUAUUGAUUAACUGACUGCA